UCUAACCAGGUCUAGUGGUGUAGAGAACUGUCUAACCAGGUCUAGUGGUGUAGAGAACGGUCUAAACAGGUCUAGUGGUACAGAGAACGGUCUAACCAGGUCUAGUUGUGUAGAGAACGGUCUAACCAGGCCCAGUGGUGUGGAGAACGGUCUAACCAGGUCCAACCGUGUAGAGAACGGUCUAACCAGGUCUAGUCGUGUAGAGAACAGUCCUAGUCAAUACAACCAUAGCGUUCACAGCCACUCCUCAACCACAACCACACACGGUCACAACCACCACGGUCAGUGCUGCGCGGUCACCAUGGACGGUUGUGGUCUAACCCCGGUCUUGGACUAUACGGCUGAGAUGGAGCGAUACCGAUCUUUCGCUAACUUCUAUGCUAAAACUAACGUGAACAUGAACGCUGUUAACAGCAUGAAUUUCCCUCAGUCGGCAAAGCUCGCCCGAAUCACUCCUCCCAUGUUCCCCGGCGGCAGGCUUGGCGUAGCGGGAGUGACGCCUUGGGGCUGCCAUGACAACGUCAACAUGAACAUCAAUGCAGCGGCGAUGCUGUGGGGGCGGAAACCUCCCGUACAUCAGGCCACACCCCUGGCUCCUCCCACAACGCACCCGUCGCCCUUGGCAACGCACAUGCAGCCCCACCCCCACCGGACCAGCGGUGGAGAGGGGAAGCAGCACGGAGGACAUGCAGGACACGCCUCCUCCUCACAGGGACAGGAAACACAUCAUCACCACGGGAAUAACAACUUCCUGUCGGGCUACACGACCACCGAUCACAUGACAAAACAAGGCCACACCCACCAGGACAUGCUCAGCCUAUCAGAUCGCAACAGCAGCUGCAAUGGAGGAGGAGGAGCCAACGGGGUCAACAUGCCCAACUUCCCCGCUGGAAUGUUGGGGUUACCACCCGGGGUCAUCGUCAUGGCGAUGGGGUCGCACAAUGGCGUCAACAUUCCAGACUCCUCCCACUUCCAGAUGGCGACCAACCACAACCAGAUGCUAUCGGACUGCCACCACGCCAACCAGACUAACUCCUCCCCCUGCCCUUCGACUUCCCCGGGGAUGACCUCUGGGGGUCAGGGGUCAGGAGCCUCCAAGAGGAAGAGGAAGCGGUGUGGAGUGUGUGCCCCCUGCAGAAGACUGAUUAACUGUGGGGUGUGUUCAGCCUGUAGAAACAGGAAGACAGGUCAUCAGAUCUGUAAGUUCAGGAAGUGUGACGAACUGAAGAAGAAGGCUGGGAGUAUACAGCUAGAGAGUCCUCCCUCGGUGCCCAGUGGAGAAGCUUUCAGAUGGUUCUUCUAGAGGUCGAAGAGCAACUCUUGAAAAGCUGAAGAUGUGAAAAGGAGAACUCCUGCUAGUCUUUACUAGUCUAUAACUAGUAACUUGUUUCAGUUCUUCACCUCGUGACUGGUUCCUCUCUUACCAUAGAAAUAGAGUCUUAUAGAACUGGCCCCCCCACCCCUUCCCCCAGUCAGUGAUGUCGUGAUGGGGCCUUGAGAUUCUGUCUCCUAUACUCUCUACCUCCUUUCACAACAACAACAACAAAAGUGUUCUAACUCUUCCUCGAUGUAGCCCAGUCAGUCCGAUGUGUUUUUAGGACAUACAGUACAUCGCAUCGCAGCGGAGCAGAGACCUUUAGAACCCAGGAGGUUCCUCCUUCGUGUUCUGAUGUUCAACAGCUACGAACCUGAAUGGAGCUGUCACAGAACGUUUCCGGGAAACAUUUAAUGUUGUGUGUUCAAACGGCACCCUCUUCCCUGUAAAGUUUGAAUUUGACAUAUACUAUAUUAUAUGGUGUGUUAUACUUACGCUAUAUGGUGCAUUACUUUGAAUGUAGUGCAUUGUGGAGGGAAUGGGAUGCUGCCUGGGACCCUUUUCGUUGAAUUAAGCCCCUCCUCUCUAACUGCCUGGGACCCUUUUCGUCGAGUUAAGCCCCUCCUCUCUAA